GUCUGCGGGCCAGGUCCUAAGUUUUGUUGGGGCAUCUUCGAAGUCGCUGCCACCACAUUCGCUACGGUCGGUCAUUUGCCGCUUUCCUUUAGUAUUUCGCGAAAAUUGGUCCAAUUUAGAGCGAUCGAUAAGUGUGGAUUUCGCGUCAGUCAGUGGCAAUAGUUAUAUUCAAAUUGCAAUUUUUUUAAAGAAAUCAUCUAAAGCAUUCAUUUGCGACUCGUUCACGUUGCGAGUUUAUUAGUUUGAAUGAUAGAGUCGCGUUUGAACCGGUGUGAAUGACUAAUUACUGGAUGGUUAAUGAAUAUAGCUACCGAUUCUGUGUGCAUCCUUGCAUCGGCUGAAGUCAAUCGCGGAGCCAGGGGGCUGGUCUAGGUGCCCGACCCCUAGUCACAGUGUGCGGGUACUUUCCCUGUCAAGGAAUAAUGUGACUUGCAGACUUGGCAUUUGAUUGUGGUUUCUCUAAGGGCAGGAUUGCAACCUUAUGUAUCAAGUGCUUCCUAACGGAAUACGACUUUCGAGUCAAAUAAUGUUGGUUAGGCCUGCAAAAGUGUCAAAAGUGAUGAAAGUGGUAGUAGUGAAUUUUGUAUACUUGCUGAGUGUACAAAGCCCAACUAAAGUGCUGCAGCAAUAGUCGGAUGAAAGUUAAUUGAGUCUAGUGUGCAGUGGUAUAUUUCGCAUUCCGUUUAUUAAUUAGUAUAUAUCUGAAUAACCGUUCCCUCCAACCUUGAUAAGAAGAAUCAAUUACCGGACAAUUGCAUUUCAUCUGUCAAUACUUCUCUAUCCAUCUCCAAAUGAUAAACAGAUUGUCUAGUCGUUUACCUGUCCAACUCUGUGCCUUGAUAAAUCAAGAAGGACGUCGGACAUUCUGAUUGUGGAUUGUUUGGUCGUUGUAAAGGAAAAACUUUCCAGAUAAAUAUGCGUUGCCGGUGUUGUGUUGCGAAACUGUGAACUUGUUGGUGCUAAAUUGCAGCUGGAGGCAUGAGAUAAGUGAAACUAGCGGCCCUAGAGGACCAUGCCGGUUAUUGCUGAUUCUGAUGAACCACCAAGAAAAUGCUGCAAAUUUUGUGACGAGUCUACGCAGGGCGUGGACGGCCCUGUAUCGUGGCGUUUAACGCUCGAUCAGGAUCUAAUCGACACGCUGAAGGGAAGUUUUCCAAACUGGUUUCAGAACAGUCCAGAAGCGACUUCACCGUCGUCGUCGUCGAUAACAACAUUACCAACAGAAACAACUCUAACGGGUUCGGGCCUUUGUAACGGUUUGAUAACAGUACAAGUAGCCACAACAGAUAAAUCUUAUCAGGAAACUCUUAUACACGAAUCAUUCAACGGAAUGGCUGAGGGUGACCGUUUAGGUAAUCCUUCAGCUUCCACGGGACCAUCUUUGUUUGGGACUGAUGGGUCAAACACAACAAUGACAAAUUGCUAUGAUUCCAGGCAGUCACCACCUAAAGCGAUUGUCGAUUCCAGUCCAUUGCAACCGGCCAUGGACAAAAACAAAGAAUCGCUGAAAGUGAAAUUGAUGGUGAGACGGCCCAUAACACAACUUGUAGAACAAGGAAUUAUUCCACCACUGAAAACAUCGCCGGCUAUACAUGAACAAUGCAAACAACUAGAGCGUGCCAAAACUGGAGACUUGCUCAAAGCCAAAAUUCAACAGAGACCAGAUCGUCAAGAGUUGGAAAGGCGGCACAUUCUGGAACAUGACGAAAGCCAUGUCGACCCCAGUCUUGCAGAAAAGCAGCGAAUGCUCAAGAAAGCUCGCCUGGCCGACCAGCUGAACUCGCAAAUUUCACAUCGUCCGGGACCACUAGAACUAAUUAAGAAGAAUAUCCUGCACACGGAACAACCGAUUGAGCGGAUAGUAAAGGAGGGCCUUGUUUCUUUCAAAGCCACAAGCGAAGGUCUCCUAAAUCGACCGCAGCAGCCAAAUAGUUAUAUUACAUUCGAAGAUGAUUCCCAAAGCUCGGAAAGCGAUACUCGCACAAGUCCGGCACGCAGCGAUGUAAUUGAGGCGGCAGCCGCUUCGGCGGGCAUCGUAACUUAUGCUCUAACAAUUCCAACAAGCGGUGGAACUAUUUUACAGACAAAGUUCCAUCCAACUUUAAUUCCAACGGCAGCGUCGACGGCUUAUAUCCCGCCCCCGCCACCGCUGCCGAAUGCAACUAACGCCAAUAAGUCAACCGAACAAAUCCAAGUCAAACAGGAUACAUCGCAUCGGUUCGCUGAAUUGUGUCAAUCUGUGGCUGGACCCAGUCCGAGUCCUAAUUUCUUGCCAUCAGCUGCUAGUCCUGCCUCUUUAGGCUCUAGCACCAGCACACUGAGUCCUUUGUCGUCAGUGGCGUCGCCGCCCCAAUCGACAACACCACGGCCAGCACAGUCUCCGUUGCAGCAAAUCCAACAGUCGCAAAAAUGCGAUGCCCCGGGAAAGGAUAAAAACAGGAAAAAAAGCAAAUCUAAGCCUGUUUCGAAAGCACGAACCAUCAAAUUCCAUGAAUAUAAGGGUCCACCAAAUGCACAGAAGAACAGCUCCUUAGAGCCUUGCACGAAAGAGUCAUCAUAUCAACUCAUGUUGGAGCAACAAAACUGUUUAUUACGAUUUUUGGAGAACCUCCACAAAAAUCGAACCAUACUUCCCGCGCCACCGAAAACCGCCAGCAGCUCCAUAGAUGGGAGUGUGCAAAGCCAACCUUCGAAUUCAACUCCCAUGCCAUCACCCGCCUUAUCAGUAGCUUCUUCAAUUCCAUCGAGCCCUGCCCCAAGCCAUAGCGAGUCAGUGACCGUGACGACAGCCCCCACAACAGCCUCCGAUGUUGCCAAACUUGAAAAGAUGAAAGUAUCUGAUUUGAAGGCGCACCUGAAGAAACGGAACCUUCCAGUAUCGGGUCCGAAACCGCAAUUGAUUGAACGCCUCAGGCCGUAUUUACCGCUGGAAUCACUGGAGUCGUCUAAUGCUCCCGAAACAAUGUGUAGUGAGACGUGUGACGGUGAUGUAGUUAAUUCGCCCCGCCAAUCAUUUUCUCCAGAAUCAGAACAUGAGAGCAUGGACAUACAGCAAGUGGACUCACCAAGUCCCUCAGUAAUUUCUUUGAGUAAUGACGACAUUGUCCGAGAGCAACAAAGAAAAAUUGAUGAACUUCAACGGCAGCUGGAACUCAGCAAGCAGGAACUGUUGCAAAUCAAACAGAACCAACAAGUCAUGGUUGUCGAGCAGCCAACACCUCCACCACCUCCAAUAAAUCAGAAGCUAGUUGUCAAACAACAGUUGGAGGCAAAGAUCCAGAAACAGCAAGCAAAACAACAAGCACAGUUGGCCCUUCGGAAUAAGACACCUGCCUUGAUAAAACCGAAGGAGGAGCCAAAACCGCAACCCCAGCCACAACCAAUACAGAUUCAAACCCAUCAUCCCGUUCAGCCACAGCCGAUCAACCAAAUUCCUAUUGUUUGGAACGGCGACACAGCCACCGUGCUGCUUCUUGGCGUCCAGGACAAUAAGAAACUUGUUGGCGGACAUCAGCGCACCGCGUCACUUCCUAGCAUUUUGUUGCCAAUCCCCACGACAACCGCACCGCAAACCAUUCAAACUAUUGACCAGUUGAUUGAAACCAAACCCAUAAUCAACCAGGUGAUUGCCACCCAUGAGACUAUUCCACAGUUGCAGCCAACGGCAGAAAUCAAACCUCCUCCACCUCUAUAUGAGGAGGCAACCAAGCAGCUGAACUCCUCCAAUGCUUUGAAGCAGGAAAAUGCAACGGUGAAAAAGCAUAUUAAAUCCGACAACUUGACAGAUAUACUAAAUAUUCUUGUGAAAAAUGGGGACAUAUCACCUAGCGCGUUGGAUCCCACAACACCCUCCACCCCAGGUAGUGUGAUCAUGACGCAGGAGAUUUUGUUCAAUCACAGUGGGCCGGGCUCGCAAAUUGUUCAGACACACACGCAUUUGGACUCCCAACAGCAGCCGGCGCAAUUACAGCAGGUUCGACUCCAGUCGCAACCACAGGCGCAGCAUGUGCAGUUGCAAAUUCAACCCCAGCCCCAGCAACAGCUGCAACAACGUUCUAACUCGGCCCAGAAGGCGGAAGUUAACGUUUUCGACGCAUCUUUACUUCUCAACACUCCACAGACACCUAUCCAAAAUAUGGAUUUGGCUUCCCCCCUCCAGCCGGAUUGUCAUAUUGAUACUGAGAACGUGGCCAGUGCAUUGGACACGUUUUUGCAGGAGCACAGUGUAGAGCCGCCGGCCAAUGGAGACAUGGCUCCCUAUGAUGACUUCGACUUACUCGAGUUAAUGAGCCAGCAAUUGGAUAUGGACAUUAGCGACGAAACUCCAUGCCAGAAUUAUACUCCAAUGGAAACCAACGCCAACGCGUCAAACACAUCCUCGUAUCAGAAAAGUGGGUUGAGUUCAAAGCGAGGAAUGAAUCCUUGCUUGCAGCCAUCGAUCAAUGAACUCAUCCAACAGCAGGAGCAGCAAGGUUCCAAUAACAAUGGGGGAAGCAGCGCUAGCAACAAUAAUGACUCUUCCCUCAACUGCAAUGGGCUUUUGAAUGGUUUCGACCCCAACUCCUUCGACUUGGGAGGAAGCAACAACAACUUCGCCAGUACACCCAUGGAUGUCUGCGACGACUUCGAGUCGCACCUGAAUAGCUUCAGCUUCUCUAGUCUCUCCCCCGACUCAAACAUCAACACCCCGCCCCAUCCCUUCUCGUCUGCCCUCUCGACGUCCACCUGCAGUGGCUCGGGGGCGCACAACCCUUUGGACUUCAACCACAGCUCGAAUUCCAAUGGGCAGUUGAUGAACGGAACAAGCGACGUGGAUGCAUUUGGAAGCAGUGGGGUGAACCAGGACAACUUGCCCGAGCUGUUCAACAUUGAUGACUACAAAAUGGGAUGGAGUGUAGAUUUUGCUGUGUAAGAGUGAGAGGCAGGUACGAGGAUCAAGUUUGGGUAGUGAUUUCCGGUGGAGAUGUGUUUUGAUGAGAGUUUUCGUAAAGCCGAGAAUGUUUUAAUGAUGCUGUUGAUGAUGGAAAGGCAGGUGAAGAUGAUAUGCUGUUAACGUGUGUGAUUAUUCUAUAUUUAAACAGUAAAUAUGGAGACUUUGAGUGUUUCUUUUCUUUUCAUUUAAGUUUCGUUAUAAAUAAAAAUAUGAAAUAAUUGUAAUUAAUUAUUACAUAUAUAAGUUAAUAAAAUUUAAAAAACAACAAACAAGCAAAAAACAUUUACGAUAAUGAACGAAUAAAGGAAAUUGUUUUAAAUA